AUGACUUUUAUUGAAUGUGUGAUUAUCUCGAUUGUAAAAUUUUAUCCACUCGAUAAAUCCGCUCAAUAUUUCAUGGGUCUUUCUUCGCAGUUCGAUCUCUCAGAUAAAAAGGAUGAAAUUGAAAGCGCGUUAGAGCAAGAGAAUAUUCAAUUCUUCACACCGACAAUGCUUUUAAAGUAA